GCUGCGAGGAAAUGGAAAUGCAGCUCGUAAUAAAGCAGAUUACACCUCCCUCGAAAUAAACAGUGAAGUGACCAACGGACCAGUCCGACCGAGCGCCUGGGCUCUGAGCUAUGAGGGUUUCGACAAGCCUGGCCCUUACGCUGCUGUUGCUCUGCUGCGUCUCCUUUCUCGCAGUCAGCGGCAAUGAAGAGCUGAAACUGAUCCAGAGCCUACUGAAGAAUUACAAUAAGAACACCCGCCCGGUGAAGGCCACAGGGGACACUUUGGAUGUUCAGAUCAAACUGACCCUCACCAAUCUCAUCUCGCUGAAUGAAAAGGAGGAGGCCCUGACGACCAGCGUAUGGAUUGAGAUUCAAUGGAAAGACUAUCGUCUAAAGUGGAAUUCUUCUGAAUAUGGAGACAUUCAAGUGGUUCGAAUUCCUUACAGCCUGGUGUGGUUACCGGAUAUAGUCCUUGAGAACAACAUCGAUGGGAAGUUCGAUGUGGCAUACUAUGCCAAUGUGUUGGUGUACCCAGAUGGAGGUAUUACCUGGCUGCCCCCCGCCAUCUAUAGAAGCACAUGCUCCGUGGAAGUGACUUAUUUUCCUUUUGAUUGGCAGAACUGCACCCUCAUAUUCAGGUCUCAAACCUAUAGUGCAAGCGAGAUCAUCCUAAAACUGGCAACUGAAGAGGACAAGUUGAUUGAGUGGGUGGUAAUUGACCCUGCGGCUUUCACAGAAAAUGGGGAAUGGACCAUCCGACAUCGGCCAGCAAAGAAAGUCAUCAACCACAGGUUCACCCCUGAUGACAUGGAGUAUCAGGAGAUUCACUUUUAUUUAAUCAUUCAGCGGAAGCCCCUCUUCUACAUCAUUAAUAUCAUUGUACCGUGCGUACUCAUCUCAUCACUGGUCGUGUUGGCGUAUUUCCUCCCAGCUCAAGCUGGAGGUCAGAAGAUCACGGUGUCUAUCUCAGUGCUGCUUGCUCAGACUGUCUUCCUCUUCCUGAUUGCUCAGAAGGUUCCAGAGACCUCCCUUGCUAUUCCUCUCAUUGGAAAGUACCUGCUCUUUGUCAUGUGUGUGGCAACACUCAUUGUGGCAAACUGUGUGAUUGUCCUCAACAUUUCCCUAAGGACCCCCAGCACUCACAGUAUGUCCCAGAAGCUCAGGCAGGUAUUUUUGGAAAUCUUGCCACAUUACCUUGGAAUGAAUAUUCCAUCAUCAGAGGAGUCCAAUGAGGAGGACCAUCUGACAAGGAGGAGAAGCUCCUUUGGAAUUAUGAUAAAGGCCGAAGAGUACAUCCUUAAGCAACCACGAAGCGAGCUAGUCUUUGAGAGGCAGAGAAGCCGUCACGGCCUCUCCCGUCCCUACCUGGAUGCUUUUGGGGAUGGUGUAGACGUGGGCACCACAGCCAACCUCUACAAGAGCCUGGCACACAUGGCCCCCCAUAUCAAGGAGUGUGCUGAUGCCUGCAACUUUAUUGCUGAAAGUACUAAGGAGCAAAAUGACGUUGGAUCGGAAAUGGAGAGCUGGGUCCUAAUUGGCAAAGUUAUCGACAAAGUGUGCUUCUGGGCUGCGAUUCUGCUUUUCUCCAUUGGAACGAUUGGAAUAUUCCUCAUGGGGCACUACAACACUGUGCCAGACUACCCAUUUCCAGGGGAAAUGAAGAAAUACCAGGAGUAGUAGCUUUCAAGGAGAGAGAGAAAUCCCACAGGGACGACUUGUUCACUCUGCAGAUUAUCCCUCAGAUGUGGGCCAGAAAGUAGCAGGCUGAAAAUGGUUACUUGGCUUCUGACUGUCUAUUGGCAUGUGUCCAUGCAACGGCUGACAAAUAAAUUAAGUUCCAGACAGCGCUUUACUCUGAUUCCUCAUCCUUGGUAGUCUCCGGACUUAAGUAAUCAUGAAGUGAUUAUACUUACAGUAUGUCCUGCAGAAGAUUCCAGAUGUGAGUCAUAACUGAUAGGAUGUGUUUAGAUUCAUGUGCCACCUCUAGCCAGGUUGGACUGCAGAUUGAGUGUCACUUUUGUACUUGACGUUUUCUUUGCAAAUGAUCACUUUGUAAUUUCAAAAGACUAUCUGUAGACAUCUUGUAGUUUAUAUGAGGUAAAACUACAUGUGUAUAUAAACAACAUUUCUUUUUUUUUUUAAUUAAAAGUUGAAUUCAAAUUUUAAA